AUGAGGGAAGCAAUACCAUCUGGGGAAAGACUGGCAUUAUUGACUUUACGAUUCUUGGCUACAGGAGAGUCCUAUUCCAGCUUGCAUUACCAAUUCAGAAUACCAGUAUCAUAUAUUGCCCUCAUUGUGCCAGAAGUGUGCCAGGCUGUAUUUGAUGUCAUGAAAGAUGAAUUUUUACACUUCCCUGAGAAUGAAGAAGAACGGUUGGCAAUAGCUGCUGGAUUUGAAGAUGUAUGGCAACUUCCACAUUGUGUUGGUGCUGCUGAUGGAAAGCAUGUUCGCAUUCUACAUCCUCGCAACAGUGGAUCU